AUGGAUCGGGGGUUUCUCCUAGCGUCGUGGCGAUGUUCUAGUUGCGUUGUCCGUCGGUCUCGUCUACAAUACUGGCUCGGAUCUUCGCUAGGUCGUUGGUUUGAGGCUCGGCUUAUCAUAAAGGAUGAUGCGAGGGUAUCGGAAACUUUCACGCAUUGGUGGAACGUCGAGAUGACAGCUUUCAUUUCAUGGAGCCAUGGGGGUGCCGAGUAUUGCGUUAUAGAUGGCCGGUUUGUCCAUGACGAUGAACUUCAAGAGCUUUGA